CAGAGUGUUCAUCUGGGCUGUGUGCCUGUCAGCUUGCGCUUUUCUAGAAGCUUGCUAAUAAUAAUGCACUUACAGUAUACUGGUGGUGUAUGAGUUGUGUUGACUUAAAAAGGAGUUACCUGUGUAGGGUAGGGCAUAGUUUGCGUGGGCUGGUUUAAAAUCAGGUUGAGCUGUAAUACAUGACAGGUUGAGUUUGGGAAUGUAAACAUGGCUCUUAGUGCCAUGCAGUGUAUACUGCAUGUUAAGCCAUAGCGUAUGCAGCCUUCCUUUAAAGGUUGAGUGAUGUUUCUGGAACAUGAGUAAGCCAGGGCCAAGACAAUGUUAUUCCCUAAUAAAAACAUAGGGGGUGGGAAAUUUCCCCGACAGCUUGCAAGCUCUAGAACCUGCCAGCAUUUAGAAGGGUCUCAGGUUUAGCUCACAGCUUGUUGUGACAUCCAGCCAAGCUCUCUGCUGACGUGAUGCUGUGAGACGCUUUAAAUAGUGGGGAGCGGGAUACUCAAGACUGGAAAACACUGAAGACCUAGAAGUGAAGACCACAGUUAGAAAGCAGCAGGAAAAUAGAGUCUCCAAACACAGAGAUCCAGUAAAAGCAUGGCCAAAUUAGGUGCUGAAGAAAUGUCGCGUCAGUUCACAAAGAUCUCUUUCCACGAGAUGGAUGAGAGAGUGCAACACUUGGCUGAGAAGGUGUAUGCUUCGGCUCUGAAGGAAGAAGACACUAAAAACACCAUGUCAAUGUUCACCGUCCCUGAGGACUGUCCCAUUGGCUUGCAUCAGGCCAUGGAGCGGGAGCUGCGUAAAGAGAUAGAGGAGGAGAAGUCCGAGAAAUCAGUCAAGAGGAAACAGAGUUUCAAGCUAAUGCGAUCGCAGUCAAUUUCCCUGCAACUCCCAGUUUCUCCAGAAUGGGCAAUGUCUGUGAUUUCACCCCAGCUGACCCCGUCCUCACCUACAGUCCCCCUGCCAAUCAAUAUCCCAGAAUUCCAGAGGGUCACCAUCAGUGGAGACUACUGUGCAGGGAUAACAGUCGAGGACUAUGAGCAAGCAGCAAAAACCCUGCUGACAGCACUCUUCAUCAGAGAAAAAUAUUCUCGGCUGGCAUAUCACCGCUUUCCCAGGAUAACAGCCAAAUUUUUAAGGAGUGCCAAUAAUGAGAUUUGGAGUGAGGAGGACGAAGUGCUGCCAGAUAUGUGCCCUGCCCCGAGUGAGGGUGAGGAUCCCUACAGUAUGGACGACCUUCCACAGAACCUGAACUACUCCCUGAAGAUGAAAGACGGAAUCAUAUACGUCUAUGAUAAUGAAGAUGCCUUAAAACAGGAUCAGCCACGGAGCUUGCCAUAUCCUGACUUGGAAACCUUUGCUAUUGAAAUGAGCCACGUCCUUGCCAUGAUUGCAGACGGACCGACGAAGACCUAUUGUCACAGAAGGCUUAACUUCCUGAUGUCCAAGUUCCAUCUACAUGAAAUGCUAAAUGAGAUGGCCGAGCUAAAGGAACUGAAAAGCGUUCCUCACAGAGACUUCUACAAUGUCAGAAAGGUUGAUACGCACAUUCACGCAGCUGCUUGCAUGAACCAGAAGCAUCUACUGAAGUUCAUCAAGGACACAUAUAAGACCGAAGCAGACCGGGUGGUGCUGGAGAAAGGUGGAAAGAAGUUCACCCUCAAACAAGUGUUUGACAAUCUGAAAAUGGACCCAUAUGAUCUCACAGUAGACUCAUUGGAUGUACACGCGGGCAGACAAACGUUUCAUCGCUUUGAUAAAUUCAAUUCCAAAUACAACCCAGUAGGUGCUAGUGAGCUCAGAGAGAUCUACAUCAAAAGCGAUAACUACAUCAAUGGAGAAUAUUUUGCACGUCUCAUCAAGGAGGUUGCUCAUGACCUUGAAGAAAGUAAAUAUCAGCAUGCAGAACCCCGUCUCUCAAUUUACGGCAGAGCCCCUGAAGAGUGGGACAGCCUGUCUAAAUGGUUUAUCAGGCAAAAGUUGUACUCCCCUAACAUGAGAUGGAUCAUACAGGUGCCCAGGAUUUACGACAUUUUCCGAUUAAAGAAGAUUGUUCCCAACUUCGCCAAGAUGCUAGAGAACAUCUUCCUCCCACUGUUUCAGGCCACCGUUAAUCCUCAGAAACACAAAGAAACGUAUGUCUUCCUGAAACAUGUGACAGGGUUUGACAGUGUGGAUGAUGAGUCCAAACACAGCGAUCACAUUUUCACCUACAAGAGUCCAAAACCUGAGGAGUGGACAAUGGAGGAAAACCCACCGUACACUUACUACCUCUUCCACAUGUAUGCCAACAUCAUGGUCCUCAACAACCUUCGAAAGGAACGAGGUCUUAAUACCUUCCAGUUCCGUCCUCACUGUGGCGAGGCAGGAUCCAUCACUCAUCUGGUGUCAGCCUUCCUCACAGCUGACAACAUCUCUCACGGACUCAACUUGAAGAAGAGUCCAGUCUUGCAGUACCUGUAUUAUUUGGCCCAGGUGCCCAUUGCCAUGUCUCCACUCAGCAAUAACAGCCUGUUCCUGGAGUAUUCCAAGAAUCCCCUCAGGGAGUUCCUGCAAAAGGGCCUGUGUGUGUCUCUCUCCACGGAUGACCCGUUACAGUUCCACUACACAAAGGAGGCCUUGAUGGAGGAGUAUGCCAUUGCAGCACAACUGUGGAAACUGAGCACGUGCGACGUGUGUGAGAUCGCCAGGAAUAGUGUGCUUCAGAGUGGUUUGUCUCAUCAGGAGAAGAAACACUUCCUGGGUGAGAAUUAUCUACAGGAUGGACCAGAGGGAAAUGACAUCCGUAGGACAAAUGUGGCGCAGAUCCGUAUGGCCUAUCGACAUGAGACCUUGUGCAAUGAGCUCAGCUUCCUAGUGGACGCUGUCAAGUCAGAAGCAGUGGCUGAAAAAGCCUCGUAAACAUGGCAGGGUGACAGAUAGUCUAGAACACGGGUUCAUAUGAGUUGACCCCACAUCAGCAUAAAGCCUUAUCUUGCUAAAGGUGAAGCACUAAACAUCCAUGGAAAUGCAUAUGGUUGCAAGUCAUGGAGCCAUGAUGGACAUAUCCUUUCCCAUAGUGCCUUCAGGGAUGGAUAUAUCUAUUAUAUGUCUCACAUCUGUUUCUUUUAAAAUGGCACAUUUUGAUCAAAUGUUCCUGUGUUUUGCAUGAUGUUUGAGGGAGCAUACAUUUGCUACCUUUUCUAAUGAGAAAGUCUUCAGGUUUGUGGUUUAAACAAAGUGGUCAUUUGUUCAGAUGAAUGUUUUACGCAAUAAAAGGUAUGCAAUAAAUG